AUGCUUUCAUGGAGCCCUUUAGCCAACUUCUUUUGGGACUUACAGUGCAAAAUAUAUUUUCUGCUUGUAGGAAUUUGUUCUGCCUUGAAAUUGACAGUACCAUCUCAUACCAUCCAUGGUAUUGAGGGGCAACCACUUCAUCUUUCUGUUGACUACAAUUUCAAUGCUACAGCUUCUGAAAUCCAGAUAAUUUGGCUUUUUGAGAGGUCUCAAAGUAAUCCAAAAUACUUGCUUGGCUCUGUAAAUCAAAGAGUAGUUCCAGACUUGGAAUACCAGCACAAGUUUACCCUUAUACCACCGAAUGCAUCUUUGAGGAUUAAUCCAUUGCAUCUCAGUGAUGAGGGCAAUUACAUUGUAAAAGUCAAUGUCCAUGGAAAUGGGACCAUAGCUGCAAGUCAAAAGAUUCAAGUAGCUGUUGAUGUUCCAGUGACAAAGCCAACUGUACAUACUGAGCCAUCUUCAGGAGUAGUGGAAUAUGUAGGGAAUAUUACCCUAAAAUGUACUGUGGAUAGAGGUACAAGGGUAGCUUACCACUGGAUGAAAAAUGGGAAGCGUCUUCAUGCUGGCCCUAAUUAUACUUUUUCAUCAAACAAUGCUACACUUCUAAUUGCCCCUGUAGUAAAAGAAGACAUUGGGAAUUACAGCUGUCUGGUAUCUAACCCUGUCAGCGCAAUGGAAAGUGAGAUAAUUGCACCAACCAUAUAUUAUGGACCUUAUGGACUUAGAGUAAAAUCAGACAAAGGUCUGAAUAUAGGGGCAGUGUUUACAGUUGACAUGGGGGAAGUGGUACUGUUUGACUGCUCAGCAGAUUCAAAUCCACCAAACACUUAUUCAUGGAUUCAAAGGGAUGACAAUACCACCCAAGUAAUCAAAUAUGGACCCCAUCUGGAAGUUGUAUCUGAUAAAAUGGCCCAGAAGACAACAGAUUACAUGUGCUGUGCUUUCAACAACGCGACUGGAAAACGAGAUGAAACUCACUUCACAGUUGUCGUUAUGUCUGUAGGGUUGGAAAAGCUGGCCCAGAAAGGAAAAUCUUUGUCUUCUCUUGCAGUAAUAACAGGAAUUUCAUUAUUUUUGAUCCUAGCUAUGGCCUUUUUAUUCCUAUGGAAAAGAUAUCAGCCACAUAAAGUGAUACAACAGAAGCUACGGAGCAGGGCAGAGGCUGAUUACAGAAAGGCACAGGCAUUUUCAGGUCAUGAAAGUGCUUCGGAUGAUUUUGGGAUAUAUGAGUUCAUCACAUUUCCAGAUCUUACCAGUGGUUCUAGGGUUUCAAGUCAAUCUGUUCCUGGCCCUGACUUUGUCGCAGCCCAGGAUAUGCUAAGUACGGUUUAUGAAGUUAUUCGGCACAUUCCUGAGCAGCCGCAGCAAGACCACCAACUUUGA